ACCCGGCACCCUCUGCAGCCCCCGUACCCCCACCCUUACCGCUUCCUCCUCAACGAGCCCCACAAGUGCCGGGACCGGACGCCGUUCCUGGUGCUGCUGGUGGUGACGGAACCGGGUGACACCGUGGGGAGGAACGUCAUCCGGCAAACCUGGGGCAACGAGAGCUCGGUACCGGGGGUCUCCAUCCUUCGGCUCUUCCUGGUGGGCGUCCACCCGGUGUUUGGACCGGCGUUGAGGUCGGUGUUGGAGGAGGAAAGUCUUCUCCACCACGACAUCAUCCAACAAGAUUUCUUCGACACUUACAACAACCUGACGUUGAAGACGUUGAUGGGGAUGGAGUGGGUGAGCAAACAUUGCCCCAACGCCAGCUACGUGAUGAAGGCCGAUCGCGACGUCUUCCUCAACCUGGGGUACCUGGUACGGCGUUUUUUAACCAAACCCAAGAAGAAUUUCAUGACGGGUUACGUCUACCGCAACACGGGGCCGUUACGUAGCAAAGCCUACAAGUGGUACGUCCCCCGGGAGAUCUACCCCAACAACACCUACCCACCCUACUGCGGUGGACCCGGUUACGUCCUCUCUGCUGAUUUAGCUCCUAAAAUUUAUGGUGUUGCCCAAAUUUUACCUGUUAUUAACAUGGAGGAUUCCUUCGUGGGUAUUUGUCUACAUGCCUUGGGGGUCGGCGUCACCGGCAGCCCCUGGGGUGUCUUCAACAUGUACCGGAUCGAGUAUGAGAAGUGCCGGUUCUCCCGCCUGGUCAUGGUUCAUCACUUCCAGCCCCAGGAGCUGCUCAAGAUCUGGCCUCAUUUCCAAGAGGCAAAGGUGAUGUGUCACCGUUAA